AUGGAUUUCUAAAAACGUUGGGAUUUUAUAAAAAAAAAAAAAAAACCACCACUGAAAACAGUCCAAUGAAUCGUAAUUGCAGAUCAAUGCAGAGAAAUGGGGAAACUUCACUCGAAACAUGCUGCCGUUUGUAAACCCAGAGAAAGUCCAGAAGGUGAUAGUUUUGCAGUGAACGCCUCCCUGGCUCGGAAAGGGAUUGAGGACUGGAUGGUGAAGCAGAAAUACUUCGGUAGCAGCGGGGGCAGCAGUACGGGACUCCUGCAAGGCUGCCAGCACCGGGCUGUUUGCAGGCUCUCCAGCACCAGGGAUCCGUCUGGUGAAGGUUACAGAGAAACAAUUGGUGAUGAACACUUUCGUCUAGAAGUGGCUUUGCCUCCAGAGAAGACAGAUGGAGUUUGCAGUGGAGAUGAAAAGAAAGCUGGGAAAGAAAGUGACACACGUACAAGUUCCAGGAAACAACUAAAAUUUGAAGAAUUGCAAUGUGAUGUGUCUGUAGAGGAAGAUAACAGGCAAGAAUGGACCUUCACACUGUAUGACUUUGAUAACAACGGAAGAGUCACACGUGAGGACAUUACAAGUUUGCUUCAUACCAUCUAUGAGGUAGUUGAUGCAUCAGUAAACCACUCCCCUAGUUCCAGUAAAACUCUGCGAGUGAAGCUUACUGUGGCACCUGAUGGAAGUCAGAAGAAAAAGAGUAUCUUACUAAACCCUGCUGAUUUGCAGAGCUCUAGGCACAGAGCUGAGAGCAAAGCCAGUGAAGAACUGAGAAGCUCUGAAAAGAAGCAGCGGGCUUCUCUCAGAUAUCACCCCAGUGACAACACUCCUGAGCAAAGCGGGUGCUAUCGCCAUUGCGUGGAUGAGAACAUUGAAAGGAGAAACCACUAUUUGGAUCUUGCAGGAAUAGAAAACUAUACAUCGAAAUUUGGGCCAGGAUCUCCUCCAGCAGCUCAGAAAUAUGACCCACCAAAUAGAGUUGUGAAUCAGACUAGAUCCCGCUCUCAUGAACCUGAAAUCUUCCAUGCCCACCACAGGAAAUCUCAAGUAGUGGACCCCAGCCACAUCAAUUUGGCUGAUGCCUCAUACGCCAAGAUUGCAGAAAUACAACAAAGGCUGCGCAAUCAGGACUCAAACAAGCACUUUGUUAGGUCUCCCAAGGUCCAGAGCAAAAAUGUAGCCUCUGUUCACCCUGGAAGGGCAGUAAGGAAUAAACCUCUUCAAGGUGCAUCCAUGCCGAUGGCUUCCCCAACUGCACGGGUGGGCCAGAAUCUUCCUUACCUCCCCAUGCAGUCCCAGCAGGCUCACAAGAAACAUAAGCAGAGGGCAAAGGAGAAUCAUCAAAUGUGCAAAACCUUCCAUUCUCCGGGGACAGUUGUGGAAAAAGAGCAGGUGAGAGACCUUCCCACAGUCAUUUUAUAUGAAGGCCAAGUUGGACAAAUGAUCCAGAGACAUGAACACCAUCACCACCAUGAGCAUCACCACCACUAUCAUCACUUCUACCAGACAUAAAACCGAUCCCACCAAUAUCCUCCAGGAAUCCCCCCAUAUGAAGGAAACGCCUUCCUGUGACUUCAGACUAAGGCAUUAUUAUGAUUAAUAUUAUUGUUACUCCAUUAAUAUUCUGCUAGCGUAUAUUUUAGAAAUUAUAUGAAACCAUUGAAACUGACACUAUUUAUAUGUUGUGAAACUGCAUAGCUUACUUAACAACUUGUUGAUAUUGGUUUUUAAGUGGCUUGUAAAACAACAAACAGCCAUAGCUUUCAGAGCUGUGAUUUAAUGCAGGUCAUCAACGCACUUCCUUUACAAGUACUUCCUUCAUUGUAUUAGAAAAAGAUACUUCAAACAACACUGCAGACAUCUAGCUUACCAGUCUGCCAUAUGUCGGCUUAUUGCACACAAGCCUUUUAUCAGGGGAGCAAUGUUCGAAGGUUUGGACUCCAGAAAUACUCAGAAUAACAGAAAAUACAAACAGCUGCUACCUCUAGUAUUAUUCAAAUUUUCUUUUCUUUUUAUUGAUUGUAAUGUGCUACAAGGGGAUUUUAAUAUACUGCAUUCAUGUAGCCUGUUUGUGUUGUACUUUCACAUCUUUUCAAGCUAUCUUAAUAAUUACAAGGAAAUAUUAGCUAUAUUUGUCAACAGAGCUACAUUUUACAACUGAUACUUUCUUUUUCCCUUCAAGGUUCUUUACUGACUCAAGUCCAGUCUGUUAGAUAUUGAGUAAUAUUUAAAUAUACUUCCUUUUUUCUUUUAUUUACUCUCCAUUCUGCAUUGGGAAACCAUCUGAGAGGAAAGAAAAGAGGUCGAUGUUAACCAUCACUAAACCUUAAUGCUUGGGCCAUAACUAACAUUCAUUGUUUUGUUUUGUUUUGAAUCCACAAUUCUUUGUUUUGAGAAAGAAUUGGAGGAAAAUAUACUUUCUCACUUUAAAUGUUGGCAAAUAUAUAUAAAAAUAUAAAUAGAUAAAUAUAUAUAUAUAUAUACACACACACACUCUCAGGUACAUUUUCUUGUGUUUUAGAAAUCUGUGGUUUGAAUAUUAACAUUAUUUUUUUCUUACAACAGUGACUUUUUAGGGAUGUUAUAAAACACAUACCCCAUGGCAUUUUCUUGGGUGCCUGCGAUUUGUGUUUCCCCAGCACCUACAGCUUUGCUCUGCUCCUUUUUUAAAGACAAUUCAACAUGUAAAGAACGCUGCUCACAGUCAUUCUGGCCUCUACCACUCUUUUCAUAUCAAAGGGCUUCCAUUCCACAAAGUAAAAUGAGGCAAGACCUAUGAGACUAUUAUUGGCUGCUGAGAAAUUUAAAGGUCAAAUGCAAAUGGGAAAAAGUGUGACAAAAAAGUCAGUAAAUCUGAGUUUUGCUUCCUAUGAGGCUCAGAUUUGUAGUACAUUUGUACAGUGCAGGCAAAAGUGACUAAAUAGCAACUGCUCUAUUGCUUUUGGAACUAAAAAGUAGAGUUCUGAUCACAUAAAAAUGUAACUGUUCUAUCAAACAUAUUUGCUUUUGGUUUUAGUUUCUUUUAAUUAUUUGUGUGUUUUGUCUACAAUGUAUAGUGUGAAAUGUUACUAUCCCACAUUUCUAAGGGCCCUUUAUGAAUAGGGCCUGUUUUGUUGCAACUACAGUCUUGAUCAGUUCAAGAUGGGAGAUUUCCCUGCUGCUGAGCAUUAAAACUGUUCGAAGGAUAGUGUCCUAGGGAAGGACACAGAGACAUCAACAUUUAAAGAAAACAGUGUUGAAAGCCUUGCCUUCUUGUGGAAUUGUGGGUAAUUAGUUCCAUCUCAUGUCUCCCAAAAUCAGCAGUUGUUUAGACUUAUUGUCCCUUUGAAAAAUCUGGUUUAUUUUAAUUUCUUUUUUAGACGUCGACAUUGUGUUCUGUUAAAUCUAGCAAAAUGUUUUAAAGUGUGUUUGAUCUGUGUGACAACUAUACUGUUCUGUUUAUUUUAAAAUUCCUAAGUCCAAAAAUAUUUAUAUGCAGAAUUUUCUGUAUUGAAAAUAUGAAAAGGCCACAAAUUUGGUUAGUUACCACUGAGUUGUUCUAGUCUAAGCCUGUUUUGCUGCUUGUGUAUCAUUCUUUUUCAAUGUGUAUAUAUAAUUAUGGACUGCAAAAAAAGGCAUUUACAUGUCUAGUAGAAGGAAUAAGCUUAUUUAUAUUAUAGUGUUAACGAAGUCUGAUGUAUUCAAGUGACUUAUGUUAUAUCGCAUGCAAACACACAAGUGUACAUUCCAUCUGAAAAGGGAUGCCAUGCUAUCUGUUCCUGAGAUGUAAGAGAUGCUGUUCUCUUUUCAGCAGAGUAUUUGCCACCAUUCUGCAAUGUUAACAAAAGGAAAUGGUUGAUUUUUU